CCUCAAACAUGGUCACUCACCGUUUGGGACCUGCACUCAUCUCUAAUGUUUUUGCCAUUUGUUUUUAUUUUUAAACUUUAAACAAUGCGCACUAGCUACAAGAAAAACAGGCCCUUCGAUUUCAAGCUGAUAGAUCUGGUGGAACCAAAUCCGGUGCUCUACAAAAGGUCCGGGCUCUCGAAUUACGAUGCCAUGAAGGCUAAGACGGACGUUUGGGCGCGGAUAGCCGAGAGGAUGGGUUGUGAUGUGGACUUCUGCUUGAUGCGCUGGAACAACCUGCACUACCAGUUUCGCAAAGAGUUCCGCCGGGCGGACACCAGCGGCUCCACCUGGCCGUACUUGGAGCGCCUUCGCUUUCUGGCUGAGAACCAGCCGCCAUCGAAAAACAAAAGCAAACCCAAGGCUAGGGACUCCCCCGGCAAGCAGGAGGAGACCCUUCAGGAAGAGACCCCCGUGCAGUUCCUGUGGGAGACCUACGAAAACGGAGACGUUCAUCAACAGUCCAGCACCUUUAUAAUCGAGGAGGUCAUCGAGGAGCCCAGUGAACAGGUCAUUCAAGAGGAGAUCAUCUACGAAGAUCAGGAACCAGCGGAGAUACUCUCUCCCAGAAGCAGUUUUCUCCAGAUGGACCAAGUCCUGGCCCAGCUCAAGGAGCCCCAGCGAAAACGGGCAGAGCGAAGGAUCACAGCCUUCCUGCUCAAGUGCCAGCUGCGCGCCUUAAGUAAUCAGUCCGUAGAGGACCUUACCAUAUAGCUCUUAGUUUACAUACUCUCAACUUUAUUAAAAAACAGAAAAAACUUA